GGAGAACAGUCACCGGUGUCCCUCCACGGACCGCUUUAGACAGACAAGUGCGCCGGACCGUGUAGACAUUUGGGGAACUUUCUUGUCGCUUCCCGUUUUACCAGCUAACUGCGUACUUUCAGCUCGAGUCACAAUAUUCAGGUUUCACUUUAUCGUGCUGAGAUAAGGUGAAGUGAGCAAAUACUCUUUAUCAGAAAGUAUAUUUCUUUAGUCCACCGAUCCUUCAUCAUGUCGUCGGUGCCAAUGCAACUACGCGACGAGAGUGACUUUGACCAGCUUCCGCAUAAUAUUCCUGUCAGUGCCACCAUCGCAGACAUCGAGGAGAAAAAAGGCUUCAUUGACUAUUACCGUUUUGUAAUCGAAGUAAAGACCAAGGGUGGCAGUAAGUACCUGAUCUACCGCAGGUACAGUCUGUUCUUCAACCUGCACCAUCAACUGGACGUCAAGUAUUCACCAGAGUAUAAGAUAACACCUGGACCCAACACCUGCAUCCUGCCCACUUUACCUGGUAAAGUGUUCAUUGGCAAUAAAAAGGAGAUCGCGGAGAACAGAAUUCCAGAUCUGAACACUUACAUGAAGAGGCUGCUGGGACUGCCGACUUGGGUUCUGCUGGACCCGCUCAUCCAGAUGUUCUUCUACCAGACAGAAUCGGACAGCCAGCACCUCCCUCGGACCCUGCGCCGCCUUCGACCUCCCACACGCAGAGUGAAGAUGGUGAAAUCUAACAAGACAGAUAUGUUCGCUUCCCCCAGAGCAGAGGCGGUGUUCGAUUUCAGUGGGAGCGGGCAGCUGGAGCUGAGUUUCAAGGCUGAAGACGUGAUCUUCCUUCUGAGGAGAGUUAAUGCAGACUGGCUGGAGGGCACAGUAAAAGACCGGACCGGUAUUUUCCCAGAAUCCUUUGUGAAGAUCAUUAAGCCCCUCCCUGAGAGCGACUCUGAUGGUGAAGGAGGCGAGGAUUCAAGAAAAGGGGCGGGGUCAUACAGCUGCCUUCGCUGCUACUUGCUCACACCUCAGGGUGUGGACACCAGAGAUGUGUGUGUAGAAGAAGACAUCUCCACACAACCUUCCUACAAGGAGCUUCUCUCACGUAUGAGAGAUGUGUUUAAGCUGGACGGUGUCGUAGCCCUCAAUUACCGUGACCAGGACGGUGACCUGGUGCGUAUCCUUGACAACGAGGACGUGGCACUGAUGGUGGCUGAAGGCAGGCGGCACAGGGCGAAGCAGAAGAGGCCUGUCAAUCAGUUUCCCUGGGAACUUCACGUCACCCUAGCCUCUGACAUGUCUGUAUAUAGCACAGAAACAUAAAGAGAGGGGGGAGGGAGGAGGUGAGGGAUGGAGGAGGUGAGGGAGGGAGGGAGUAAUGGAAAGGGAGAAGAGUGAGCGAGAACGGGAGCGGUAGAGGUACACAACUAUGUUACAACAUUUCACUAUUACCACUGAGCACAUGAUCCGUUUUCACGUGUCUUUUUUGUUUCCUACAUAUACAUGUACAUUCUGCCAUGACCGGUGUUGCCUAUAGCUGUGCCUCCAAUGCCUUUUCAAUUGAGUUAAACAAAUAAACUGUAUUGCAAUGCUUGUGUGAGCAUGUGUGCGCUUUAACGUGACUGGGUGGCGCGCGUGCACACGUGUGCGAUGAAUGCGCUCCGAAAGGCAAACCGUAACGGUGAUCUGUCGUACCACGAUGGUCUGGGUGACCCAAACUCCACUCCGUUCCUGUCCGAAAGGAGUCUUCGGCGGUAUACAGGGGACACCGUGGGUCUUGAAGAAGAAAGCUGAUUACGUUAGCACUAACCCUGGAGGUCUGUUAAGUCUCUGCCUUUCUGUCCAGUGGUGCUAUUUCCACCUCGCUUUUUAUCAUUUCUGCUCGGUUUUCUGGGUCCUCUCUCACGUAUUGCUCCCUGCCACUCUCUGUGUUUCUCUGUCUUAACUGUGUCAUUCUCUCUAAUAGGGUGGUAUUUUUAGUCCCUAUUGUUAGUUGGGAUUCAGGAGUGUGGGGGUUCACUGAAAAUACCACACACACACAAACACAUAUUUUUAUAAAUCAGUGUAAAAGCAGUAAAUAAAGAUUAGAAGGUGUCCUUGGUAAACCAA